CCUAAAAUUAUUAUCUUGAUUGUAUAGCAUGAUAAGUUUUGUUAUGAUAUUUCUUCAUGUAAAACAUUUCAGACGAUGAAUUUUUUCCACCCCACAAUUUAGACGAAUUUAGAUAAUCACACUCAACUCAGAAUGGAAGAAGAGCAGAAUAAACAAACUAGUACAGGGGCUCGAAAAAAGGAAGUAAUUCAAAGAAAAGUGAUUUCUGAUCGUGAGCCUCGAAAUGAACUCCACCAGGAUGGAAAACAUACUGGAACAAGAUGCAAACCUGCGAGACAACAUCAUAGAACUCAGCGUGAGCUGGAGCAAGCUGAAAACCUGUUAUCGGUCGGGCGGAGUCUCCUGGACCCAUCUCCGUUGGACCCGAGCACACACCGAGAUCCGGUUCACACCGGUCAAUCCUUAUCCGACUCCUGUCGCGGCCUACUAGACCUCAUAUCCCGGGAUAAUCAAGCAACCGACAAACCAAGACAAUAUGAUUACGCCUUUACCCCUCGACCCUCUGCAGGAGGUCUUUUAAACCCUGAGCUGGGUUCUUCGACAACGUUGUCUAGACCAACGGGUGCUAGACUGAAGAAGUCUAAAAGCUGCCAACGGGAUAGCGCUGAGCCGACUGUUCCGAAAGGGGUUGGGGAACGAAGAAUGAAGAAGCAAAGGUCGGAGGGUGCCUAUGAACCUUAUCUAGCAGAUGAAAGAGAGUAUGCUCAAGGACUGAAAGUCCAAGAUGUAUCCAAGCUUAGAUAUCAUAAUUCUAGCAUGGUUGGAAAAACAAAAGCAAGCAUGGAACUAAAACCUGGAAAAAAGACAAUUUUAAAGAGUCCAAACUCUUGCCUUCCUCGAAGCAGACCUUCUGAGCCGAAUCCGGGUGAUGAGCGGAGCUGGGGAGGUUCAACUUACUCACACUGCUGCACAGAUACUUCAAAGAGAUGCUGGGUUCAGCAUGAAUCAGGGACUAGUGAGAGUGCUACUGUAUACCAAGGAGAAGCAGGAUAUAUACAGCAGGAUACUGGACUAUCAGACUGUUCUGGCUUACUGGAUAAUAUUGUCACUUGCUCAGAGAUGGAAGAGACAAUAUUCUGUAACCAGGAUUAUCUAGGUUUCCCCUUUAACAAAACAAAAAAAGACGAGUGGAAUAUAUCUGAUCAAACAUCAGAUAUUCAAAGAUUGCAACCUGAUCUUCAAGCAAGAGGUCUCUCUGGUCAAACUGCCACAUUGCUGUCCACAUCAGUAAUGUCUCCAGGAAAAAGUGAAGGAACCAUAUCUCCAAUACGAACCCCAUCCACCUCCCCUGCUCGCACCUCCUUAUCUGGAGCUUGUUCGCUCAUGUUUCCCUACAGCCAAUCUCCCGUAAUGGAUAAGUCUCCUAUUUUAUCUCCCACCCCUGGUCGAUCUCCCUUCAAGUCUCCCUCAGUCUCACCAUCACGUGCAAAUGUCCAUUCUCCGUUAUCCUUUUGGAACUGUGGCGGACUGACCAAGAAGAACGAUGGGAAUAAUAUUUCAGGAGGCAAUAGAACUUUUCUACAGCAACAGUUUGAUGAGCUCGGGGCUCCUGGGUCCUCUCCAUCUAGAGGGUUAGAAGAUAUAUCAUCAGGAUUAACUAUUCACUCCUGCUCAACAGACAGAGAAUUAUUUCCAAAUGGAUGCUGCUGCUGCUAUGUCCUCCGCAACCAACAGGAUGAUGAGAUUGGGAACACAGUUAAUCACACACACCUCAUGGAUCCUCAACAUUUCCCCAAACAUGUGGAGAGGGGAUUACAAAUCCCUGUGGAAAACCCGGAUUUGAAAUCAGCUGAUCGCACACUGAACAAUUCAGCUGAUUAUGCACAUGGAGCAUUUCAGACAGAACAUCUAUCAGUUGAAGUUCCUAAAACAUGUUUCUGUGGAUUUUAUACCGAGGAAAAUGGUUGUCAGGGAACCAGGAAAUCAGGAAGAUGUAAAUUUUGCCGAAGUCGAGCCAAGGAACUAAUAUUUAUUAUUUGCAGUAGUCCUUCUACUCUGCAAUUAUAUGGGUCCGGUAUCUGUGUUAUAUUAUUCGAGGAAUCUAAAAAUAUGUAA